ACUAAACUUUGUGAUUUUUUUGUUUAAAACAUAUUCUCGGGUCUACGUUCAACAGUAACAUUGAGACUCUUGGAAGCACAGUUUUCUUCUGAAGUUUGUUGAGAAUAAGACGUUAAUGGAGCAGGACAGCAAGGCGGAUGUGAAGGCUAUCAUGGCAAAGUUCAACACCGGUAACAGCCCAGCUGAAGCAGUUCCUGGGAGCCGACCCAAAGUGUCUGUUCAGCCUACCAAGUCCGUAGGAACUCUACAAGCUAAGAGAGCUGCGCUUGAGGGCAGUCUUUCUGGGAGUACUACCUCGAACACCCCACCCAAGCCAAAUUUCCUCAAAAGCUCAGGACCUCCAAAAACCCCAGAUGAAAAAAAUGACAAGGAUCCUGCUUUCCCGAAACUUAAACCAACUGCAAACAAGUUUGGGGGCAACCAAAAUACUCUGGAGGAGGGCAAACCCGCUUUUCCAAAACAGCCCCUCAAGCCCAAACUUUCAGAGGCACCAAAGGAGAGUGAAGCCAAGCCAAUGUUUCCUAAACCUCCGCUGCAAAAGGCCACUGGCAGUUCUAACCUUCAAGAUAAAGAGACCAGGCCAGCAGUUCCAAAGCCUGCUGCUGUUUCCAAGCCUCCCUGGCUCACAGACACUGCUAAGACUGGGGAGACCAGCACGACCAGUGCUACCCCACCCAAAAUGCCUCUUGCUCCCAAACCUAAGAGCUCUUUUAAGGUCUUGAAAGCACAAGCUGACGAAGGCAACACAACUGAUCCAGCAGCCAAACCAUUUUCUGGGGUCUCCCUGAAACCUUCUGGUGUUAGGAGUGUCCAGAGCAACUUUCUAAAAGAUAACAGUGAAGUGAGCGCCAGCAACAACAAAAGCGAAGAUGUUCCGAAAACAGACACCAAACCUCUAAAUGCCCGGAAUGCCUUCCUUGCCAAGCUGAACCAGGACAGCUCGGAUGAGGCAGCACCCUCCCGCAAACCUCCCCCCCAGAAGCUGAACUUUGCAGCGCACAAACCGGACUUCCCAAGAAAACCAAGCGCACUUGGUGCUCAGAAAGAAAACAGUGACCCUUCAGCCCCUAAACGGAACCCUUUGCCCAAUAUAUUUGCUCUGGGGUCUCCCCCAGCAAAGCCAAACAGGCCUCCCAAUGUAAACCUGGAGCAGUUUAAAAAGGGCGCAGAGUCCGCGACUGACGCUCCGGCUCCUGGGCUAAAGAAAGUGACACCUCCACCCCCUCCUCCCCCUUCCUCUGCACAUCCCAGCAGCCACCCAGCACUACCCCUGAGCUCGCACCCCUCUGUGGCACCCUCUCCUCCAAACCUACCCCCGAGGUACCCAGGAGCAGUAAUCCAGCCUGAUCCAGAUGAGAACUACGAUGACGUUGGUGUCAUGAACACACCACCCCCAUUGCCGGCGGGCAAACCAGGAGGAGACGGGCAUCCUGGACAGGACCAGGAAGAUGGGAGUGAUGGGGAAAUGUAUGAGGACCUGGAAGAGCGAUGGUCAUCCAAGGAGUCCAAAGAGCUUGAGAAGAAACGAGAGAAAGAGGAGAAGAAACGGCUGGAGCAGGAGAAGAAGGAGCAGAAGGAACGAGAAAAGAAAGAGCAGGAUCUGAAGAAGAGGUUUAAGCUGACCGGCCCCCUGGAAGUCAUCCACAAGGUGAAGGCAAGAGUGGACUGCAAAGGGGGCAAGAAUGAUCUGAUGAUAAAACAAGGAGAGGCCAUCGACAUCAUCCGCAUCACAGACAACCCUGAAGGCCGCUGGCUGGGCAGGAACAAAGACGGGUCUUAUGGAUAUGUUAAGACAGAGUCAGUGGAGAUUGACUACGACACCCUGAAAAGGAAGCCCUUUGGUCUCAUGGUCUCUGACAAACACCCUGAGGAUGACGGUGAACUGUACGAUGACGUUGCUUCGAAUGAGGAAGUCAACAGAAGAGAAAAAGAGGAUAUCCAGCAUGAUGGCAUGAUUCAGCGUGGGGGCCGAGGUCCUGGGGUUGUUCUGCCACCUCCACCAGAAGAGGAAGAUGACAUUUAUCAUGACCCAGACAACUCUGAGCUGAAUGUCAGUGCGACAUCGCAGGAAGAUUCAAAGGACAAAUCCUGGCCGUGGGGGCUGCUGAAGAUCAUUAAGGGCAAAGAGGAGAAAAAGAAAACCUUGUCCAACAAUAAUGAGGAUGUUGCAACUUCAGGACCGCCGGCUGAUUUUCCAAAAGAAAAGGCAGCUGCUCCCGUCGAUGAUGAGAUCUACGAUGACGUGGAAUCUACCCCCUUCCCUCCACCACCCCUUGCUUUCAGUCUACCAAAAUUGAAAGCAAAGGACAAGACAGAAGAGAAGGACCUGAAGAAGCAGAAGAAGUUUGAGAAAGAGGAGAAGGAGUUCAGGAAAAAGUUUAAAUACGAUGGUGAAAUCCAGGUGCUGUACCAAGUCACGAUAGUGUCCACACUGACCAACAAGAAGUGGGGUGGCAAAGAUCUGCCCCUGAAGCCUGGGGAGGUUGUGGAUGUAAUUCAGAAGCCUGUGGACAACAAGAUGAUCUGCAGAAACGAGGAUGGAAAAUUUGGAUAUGUUUUAACCAGCAACAUCAUAGCAGAAGAUGCCGACAUUUAUGACGACAUUGGUGAAGACUGUGUCUAUGACAACGACUGAGGAUUGUUCAACUAUUUUUUUCUUUCAGAGAAAUGCAUUUGUAUGUUUUUUUUAAAAAAAGAUGUAAUUGUAAAGUUAUUUAUUGUUAGUAAACGGAAGGGUGGGGGGAUUUCAGAACAAGGCAAUAACUGUCCACUCAGCAGCAAAUACACUUCACAUCAACUGAGCAGCUUGCUCACUUACUGUGAUAUCCCAGCCCAUGGGAAGGUCUUGAUUUAAGCAACAAAAUGACCAUAUGACUUGGAGUUAAUUGAGACAGGACAGGAUUUUAACAUUGUACAGUAUUUAAACAAAAAUUAACAUGCAAACUAGGCAUUACAUUUUUGCUGAGAUGUAUAACGACUCUAUGUACUGUAGAAGAGUCUUAAUUGUGAUCAGCUGUUCACUACUUCUGCCAUGGAUCAGACCGUGGGAGAGCUGUUCUGAAUCACAUAUGAUUAAUUAUUACAGUAACUAAAGCCUUGUUGUAUUAGCACAAGAACAAAAAUAGAUGACAACAAAAUAAAUAAGAAAUGUGAAUAUUUACAUUUAAAAUGUACUUUAAUGUUUUUUUUAAUUGUGUGUCUGUAGGGUAAUUAAGUAACAGUUCUGAAUUUAGGAAAGACUAGAUGUUAGAAGUAUUUAAAGUAUUGAGGGGCAGUUUUAAAAUCCUGUGCUGUCUCAAAGUGUAUGGAGAACAUGGAGUCAUAUGGUAACCCUGAGAAUGUCUUAAAUGUAUGUUAUGUCUGUAGCCCUGGAUAUGUACUACAUUUUAUCCUCAAUUACAGUACAUUCACAAACCUGGAAAACACAGGGGUCUGUGGUAGGGGAUGUUGGCACUAGGUUGGUAAUAUGAAGCAAAGAUAAAUUAUUUAGCUCUCCACUUAUUUUGGCCCUUCUUUACUUGAUGUCUCUCUGAGGGAACUUUGCCAUGGAUUGCUUUUCUUACUGUGUGAUGGUUUGGCAGAAUCAGUUAAAGGUAACUCCAGAGCUGCAGCCUUAUCAAGACCUCUGGCACAAAAAUGUGAGGUUUGCUGCUGGAGAACAUAUGAGCAUUAUCCCUUAUCCUUAACUGCCUUGGUAUUCUCCAAUAAAAUGUUUUCUGCAGUAUACGCUUAUGCAGUUUAUUACCACACCAAUAACCAACCUCCACAAUACGUGAACCACAAAAAGGUUCUGAAAAGAUUGCCCUCUGAGCAGUGGGCAGACACACCAUGGGGAAAGAUUUCAGUGUCACACAGGCUCAGUUUGCAUCAGUCACCUCACCACAAGAAGCUACAGUACUUUGCUGUCUCUGCACAUACGGUACUUGUGUUUUCUUUCAGAUUUUGUUUAAUGGAACAACUAGAUAGCACAGCCGAUCGUGGCAUAAAAGGCAGAAGUGGUUGAAAGGAAUACUCAUAAGAGGACAUAUGAAGAAUAAAAUGAAAGGCAAAACUGAUUUGUAUAUAGCAAACAAAACAUUUAUAUAACAUUUAGAUCAAGGCCUAAUACUGUACAUGAACAAGAAUUUCAGACUUACCAGAAAUGUCAGGAUUAUGUACUAUAAUACAAGUAUGUGUGUUUUCUUGUAUUUUAAUAAAUACAUUCCUAGAAAUUAAAAUAUUGUAGAAGUGUUACAUUUACCUAAUAUCCUGUAGGUUUUUUUAAAAGGAAAGGUUUUUAUAUUUGUGUUUUUAAUAUAUUAAUGCUGUGUGAUGUUAUGAACCAACAGAUGUCCUGAGAGUUUAAUUUCUUUAAACUCUGUAAUUUAAAAACAUACAAUUCAAUAGUCAAGUAGUUUGUUGUGAGGAUAAAAUAUACUAUUGUGAAUUAUGCUAGUAAUAACUACUGUACAUUUUGCCUUUUUUCAUUAAAAUUUAAAAAAUAAAAAACAGUGACAAAUAUGA